CACCAGGACCAGCGGCCGGCCGAGCCGCGGAAUCUCCUCUACCCAGCGGCCGGCCGGGCCGGGAGGCGUUGGAUGGGUGACCUGGCGCUGCGCGGCCCCCCCGGCCCCGCCAUGGACAGCGAGAGGCUGCAGAGCGCCCGGGACCUGUUGGACAUGAAUUUCCAGUCCCUGGCCAUGAAGCACAUCGACCUGAAGCAGAUGGAGCUGGACUCGGCGGCGGCCAAAGUGGACGAGCUGACCAAGCAGCUGGAGUCCCUGUGGUCCGACAACCCCACGCCGCCCCCUCACCCGCAGGCCGGCGCCUCCCCGAGAGCGAGCGCGGCCCCCUCCCCACUGGCCCGGGCCGGGCCCCUCCCCGGACCGAGUCCUCGCCCGGGCCCCUUCGCCGCCCCCCCGGCCGGAGCCCCCGAGUGCGAGUCGCCGUUUCCGUCUCCCCGUCUGCAGCUGAGCCGCUGCGGCCCCGGCCCGGACCACGGCAGCCGGCCGCCUCCGCCACGCAGCCGGCCGGCCGACGGCUCCGACCCCGCCCCGUCCCCGUUCGGCCGGUCCGAGAGCGCCCCGGCGCUCUUCCCCUACAGCCCGCUGUCCCCCAAGGGCCGCCCCGCCUCGCCGCGACCCUCCAUCUUCCUGCAGCCCGAGACCUUCCCUGCCCUGGGCCGGGCCCCGUCCCCCCGACCCGGAGCCAUGACCCUCCGCUCGGCCGGACCCCUGGACCACCCCGGGGCCGGCGCCUUCCGCCCCAUCCCCUCCCCGCAGUACCUGUCCAACCGCGCGGCCUCCCCGCGGCUCGGGCCUUCCCACGCCGACGGCCCCGGCCCGCAGAUCUUCUUCCCGGACCGCGUCCCCUCGCCCCGACCGACCCUGUCCGCCCCCUUCGACGGCUCCCCGCCCGCCGGAGCGGGCAGCGCCUUCGCCCCGCUCCGGGCUCAAGACGACCUGACCCUCCGGCGGAGACCCCCGAAGACCUGGAACGAGUCGGACCUGGACCUGGUGUACGAGAAGAAGCCGUCGCACAGCAGCAGCUACGAGCGUCUGGAUGUCUUUGGGGGGCUGCGCCAGGUGCCCCCGGGACUGCAGUUGUCGCCGUGGCGGGAGUCCAGCCUGGAUGGGGCCGGCGGCCCCGGGAAGGACGGCCUGACCAGUUCCACUCUGCCUCGGAAUUACAAGGUGUCUCCGCUGGCCAGCGACCGGAGACAGGAACCGGGGGGCUACCGGCGGUCUCUGCCCCCCGGGCCGCCGGGCACCCUGCCCCGGAGCUGGCAGCCGGCCUCUCGCAUCCCCAUGCCCCCCGCCAGCGCCCCGGGCCGGGCCCCCCGCCAGCGCCCCAUCCCCCUCUCUAUGAUCUUCAAGCUGCAGAACGCUUUCUGGCAGUACGGGGCGGCCACGGCCGGGCCCCCCGGCUCCCCGAUCUUGAGCCGGGUCCUGUCCCAGUCCCACCCUCUGUCCCAGCCCCAGCUCCACCCUCAGCCCCAGCCCCAACUCCAUCCUCCGUCCCAGCCGCAGCCCCCUCCUCAGCCCCAGCCCCAAAUCCAUCCUCCGUCCCAGCUGCAGCCCCCCCCUCAGCCCCAGCCCCCUCCUCAGCCCCAGCAGCCCCAACAGCCCCAGCAGCCCCAGCAGCCUCAGCAGCCCCAGCCCCAGGCUCCUGCCCCUCCAGCCCUCACACCGGGUCGGGCCUUGGGCGUUGAAGACGUCGGGAAGGCCGCCGAGCCCCUGGCCGACGUGGAGGCCGAGCUGGAGGGUCUCGGGCUGCUGCCGGUCAGCGAGGGGCCCGAGGCCGAAGAGGUGCCGCGGCCGCUGAGCCCCACGCGGCUGCAGCCGGCGCUGCCCCCCGAGGCGCAGACGCUGCCCGAGCUGGAGGAGGUGGUGCGGGUCCUGGCUGACAUCCCCCGGCCCCUCAAGCGCCGCGGCUCCAUGGAGCAGAGCCCCGCGCCCGCCCUGCCCCCCACCCACAAGAGGCAAUACCAGCAGCUCAUCAGCCGCCUCUUCCACCGGCACAGCCACCGCCAGGACCCGGGCGGCGCCGCCGGACCCGAGCCCGACCUCGGACCCAUCUCCGAGGGCGCCGAGCCCAAGGCCCCGGCCCCGGCUCCGGCCCCGGCCCCGGCCCCGGCCCCAACGGUGCCCACCCCGCCCCCCACCCCGCCGCAGCUCCUCCCGCCCGAGCCAGCCGCCCCCCACAGCCCGGAGACCCGCUCGGUGCUGCGCAAGGCGGGAUCCCCGCGGAAGAGCCGCCGAGCCCGGCUCAACCCGCUGGUGCGGCUGCUGGACGCCGCGCUGACCGGCGAGCUGGACGUGGUGCAGCAGGCCGUCAAGGAGAUGAACGACCCCAGCCAGCCCAACGACGAGGGCAUCACGGCCUUACACAACGCCAUCUGCGGCGCCAAUUACAGCAUCGUGGACUUCCUCAUUGGCGCGGGAGCUAACGUGAACUCCCCGGACAGCCACGGCUGGACCCCGUUACACUGUGCCGCCUCCUGUAACGACACGGCCAUCUGCACGGCGCUGGUCAAGCACGGAGCCUCGGUCUUCGCCACCACGUUCAGUGACGGCGCUAUGGCAAUCGAGAAGUGCGACCCUUACCGGGACGGCUACGCCGACUGCGUCACCUACCUGGCAGACGUGGAGCAGAGCCUGGGGCUCAUGAACAACGGGGCGGUGUACGCGCUCUGGGACUACAGUGCCGAGUUCGGGGACGAGUUGUCCUUCCGCGAGGGCGAGCCCGUGACCGUGCUGCGGCGGGACGGGCCCGAGGAGACCGACUGGUGGUGGGCAUCGCUCUACGGCCACGAGGGCUACGUGCCCAGGAACUACUUUGGGCUAUUCCCCAGGGUUCGGCUCCAACGCCACAAGGUGUAAACCAGGAUUGUCGGCGCCUCCUCAUCCCACCCGCGCCGUCCCCGCCUCUUGGGUCACACGCACGGACCGAGAAUCUGGCUCAGACCCGACGGUCGGAGCAGGACCCUCCCCCCAGUGCGCCCCUCCGUUUUACUCUUCGUCAAUAAAAGUGCCUUCAAUCAA